AUGGCCUACUUCGAGCCCGAGGAUGUUCGUUGGCCACCAGAGCCCGCAGGAUGGUCCGACGAAGACCUCAAUGUGAACGCCUUGCAAAUCUUGGGUCGCGACAUCAAGGUUGUUCAGCUGCUUCGACAUAUUCCUUAUCCCCGCAAAAAGAACACCGAGGUUUAUUUCGCGUCAAUGGCUAUAUCCUACUUGCAUGAGCACUGGCAACCCGAGAACGGCCGCCGCGUCAACUGGCACAAGAGGUCGUUCUGUGCACUUGGCCUAGCGCCUUUCGACGGCCCAAUGCCACCACAUCUCAUCACCCUAACGUGUGAGGAGUCAGAGAUAGGAAUCACAUGGGUAAUCGAUACCGAUCGAGGCUGUGUCUAUCCUCACGCGGAUGAAUACUACUUAUUUGACGACGAGCCUGCUGAGGUCGACGAACAGCAAAUGUGGUGGCUCAAAGCGAAGGCUCUCUCGUUUCAAGAGUUCUUUGACAAGAUUCGAACACAGAUUUCUUCUCUAACACUUGUGCCGGCUCCUGCGGCGGGAGAUUUCGGGAAGAGCAUUUUGCAGAGCGGGGACUCUGGAUCGGAGGUGAGCAAACACGUGCAUCAACUGGUGACUUUCUCUGCAUAA